CUUUCCUGAUUGGCGCGAUCACGGUAUCGUCAUCCUUCAUCGGUCGAGAUCUGGACAUGUCUACCGCUGAGAUCACCUGGAUUUCUUCCGCCAGCUCGCUCAGUAGUGGUGCAUUCCUGCUCUUCUUUGGCAAAGUUGCAGAUCUCUUUGGCCGCAAAUCGCUGUUCGUUGGAUCUCUGGGCCUCUUCUCCAUACUGUGUCUUGUGACCGGAUUCUCGCGCAGUGCGAUCGAGAUUGAUGUCCUCAAUGGAGUUCUCGGAUUGUUCAGUGCAUCAGCAACUCCUCCGGCAGUCGGUCUGCUAGGGAUCGUCUAUGAGAAGCCCAGUAAGCGCAAGAACUAUGCGUUCGCCUGCUUUUCUGCGGGAAAUCCAUUGGGCUUCGUGGCGGGUACGAUAUUUGGCGGCAUCGCGACCAGUCUGUUCGGCUGGCGAUCAUCGUUCUGGCUACUCGCGAUCAUCUUCGCCCUCUUUACGGUAAUCGCAAUUUUCAGUGUACCCAAGGACACUACCGAAAGGGAAACCUUGAAUUGGAAUACCCUCAAGCGUUUCGAUAUUGUGGGCACGAUACUUACUGUUGGUGGAAUUGGCAUGUUCUCCGCUGCACUCUCAAUGGGAGACCAUGCUCCACAAGGCUGGAAAACUGGUUAUGUGCUUGCUCUUCUACUUGUCGGCUUGGCUUUGAUCGUUGCCUUUGUCUUUUGGGAGCUGCACUUCCCGCAUCCGCUAAUGCCAAUGUCGAUCUGGAAGGACCGGAACUUCUCGCUGGCCAUGGUCAUUCUCUUGUUUGGAUACCUCGGUUUUACACCAGCGACCUUCUUCGUGGCGCUCUACUUUCAAGAUGUCUGGCACAUGGGUGCAUUGCAAGUGGCCAUACAUGUAUUGCCCAUGGCGAUCAACGGCAUCAUUGUGAACUGUUUCGCAGGCUGGGCAUUGAACCGCGUUUCAAACAAGUUACUGAUGGGCAUCGGAGCAGCAGCAUAUGCAGUUGCUUUUCUCCUCUUCGCAUGUAACCGAUACAGCUCUUCAUACUGGUCGUUCUGCUUCCCUGGUCUGGCACUGUCGGUUAUCGGAGCCGACCUGGAAUUCAAUGUGGCCAACAUGUACGUUAUGAGUUCCAUGCCACCGUCACAACAAAGUACUGCGGGAGGCAUCUUUCAAGCUGUCACCAAGCUCUGUAUGACCAUCGGCAUGGGCAUCGCGACUGCCGUAUUCAACGCCGUGGAAAAGAAGCCUACCAUGUCGAGCUAUUGGGACACUGACACGCAGCCUUAUGCCGCAACAUUCUGGAUGGGCACAGGGGCUUGUGUGGUGGGUACAUGUCUCGUGCCCUUUUUGACUCUAGGCACCCAAGGCGAUCGGCCGAGAAGCAUUGUUGUUGCCGAUGAUCAAAGCGAAGAGAAGUCGACUGUGAUCAGUGUGAAAGAUGAGAAAUCCAUCUGAUGAAUGUAUUGGGCUGCUGAAGAGAACAUUCCAGGCAGAUUCUCAGGAUAUCAGGAAACUACCUACCUGACAUAUGAGAGAUAGAUGGAAUUAUGCAAAAGCAAUAAAU